CCGACGUGGCAACACUCGCUUGUUUUUCAUUUGACAUUGAAAGGUGCUCGCGGAUUCCAGAAAGGACGUUGGAAAAUCGGCAGCCGCUCAGUACCUAUCUAUAGCAAACACGGCGAAGUUGUGGCGCGGUGCUCUGGAGAUUUGCCGGAGCCAGAUAAAACCAACUACCGGACGACUAGGCAGCAAAGUCCGCGCUUAUAAGUGAAGUGUCGCGAGUGGCCAACGCAGUUCACCCGUUCGCUCUUUUCCAUACACUUCGAAUUCCACUCGCCAUCUAACGAGACCACCUCCUACCUCCUUCUACUCCGCAUCCACCUACUGUUCCUUCAUUUCCGUUCCUCCCGUUGGGAAAACUAAAGUAAGAUGGCCGGCGCACUUCCUCCACUUAACCAGGAGCCAGCCUUCCAGAAGCUGCAGGAGUUCUACGAUAAGCAGGGCAAGGACCUCAACAUCAAGGACCUGUUCGUGAAGGACCCGAAGAGGUUCUCCAAAUACAGCCUUCGCCUGCACACCCAGAACGAUGGGGAGAUACUGCUGGACUACUCAAAGAACCGUAUCAACGACGAGGUCUGGGACCUGCUCCUGGCCCUGGCCAAGGUGCGCCGCGUGGACGCCGCCCGGGACGCCAUGUUCUCCGGCCAGCACAUCAACAUCACCGAGAACCGCGCCGUCCUGCACACGGCCCUUCGCAACCGCGGCACGGACCCCGUACUAGUGGACGAUAAGGACGUGAUGCCCGACGUCCGUGCGGAGCUCACCCACAUGAAGGAGUUCACCAACAGUGUCAUCUCGGGCGUCUGGCGCGGCUGCACCGGCAAACAAAUCACUGACGUGGUAAACAUCGGAAUCGGUGGCUCCGACCUGGGACCACUAAUGGUCACAGAGGCAUUGAAGCCGUACGGCAAGGGCCUCCACUCCCACUUCGUGUCCAAUAUCGACGGCACCCACCUGGCCGAGGUGCUCAAGAAGGUCAACUACGAGACUACCCUCUUCAUCGUGGCCUCAAAGACCUUCACCACCCAGGAGACCAUCACGAACGCCACCUCUGCCAAGACCUGGCUCCUCGAACAUUCCAAGGAGCCUGAGUCCGUAGCCAAGCAUUUUGUUGCCCUUUCGACUAACAAGGAAAAGGUCACCGAGUUCGGCAUUGACAGCGCCAACAUGUUCGGUUUCUGGGAUUGGGUGGGAGGACGUUACUCCCUGUGGUCGGCCAUUGGACUCUCCAUCUGCCUGUCCAUUGGCUUCGAGAACUUCGAGCAGCUCCUGGAUGGAGCACAUUACAUGGAUAACCACUUCAGGUCGACGCCGUUCGAGAAGAAUGCUCCUGUGGUCCUGGCCCUACUCGGAGUUUGGUACUCCAACUUCUUCAAGGCGGAAACACACGCCCUUCUGCCCUACGAUCAGUACUUGCACCGCUUCGCCGCCUACUUCCAGCAGGGUGAUAUGGAGAGCAACGGAAAGUUCGUUAGCAAGGGGGGCAAGGCCGUCAAGUACAGCACAGGUCCGAUAGUGUGGGGCGAGCCAGGCACCAACGGCCAGCACGCCUUCUACCAACUCAUCCACCAGGGCACCCGCCUGAUUCCCUGCGACUUUAUUGCCCCCGCCCAGACGCACAAUCCCAUUGCGGGUGGUAAGCACCACAAGAUUCUGCUGUCGAAUUUCCUUGCCCAGACAGAGGCUCUCAUGGCCGGAAAGACGGUUGACGAGGCUCGGGCUGAGCUCACCAAGGCUGGACUGUGCGGCAACGAGCUAGAGAACUUGUUGCCCCACAAGGUAUUCGUUGGCAACCGGCCGACAAACUCGAUUGUAGUGAAGAAGGUCUCACCUUUCACUCUGGGCGCGUUGAUUGCGCUCUACGAGCACAAGAUCUUCGUGCAGGGCAUCAUCUGGGACAUCAACUCGUUCGAUCAGUGGGGUGUUGAGCUGGGCAAGCAGCUAGCCAAGGCCAUCGAGCCGGAGCUGGAUCACUGCAACGAGGUCUCUACGCACGACAGUUCCACGAACGGUUUAAUUAACUUCAUCAAAGCCAAUUGGAAGUAAUCAUGUCUGGCUAUUUGUUGCAAAUUAAAAUGAAAUGUUGACAUAAAUGCUCUAAUUGUUAGUAGUUUCUGAGCCCUUAUUGAGUAGCCGAUGCUUACGUAUACUCGAGCUACAAACCCCCUGUUAUUGGCACAAUAUUCAAAUGUAUUUAUGAAUCGGAAAUGUUUCUUUGCUUGCGUAUCGAUAAAAUCUCGUGUCGGAUUUAGACCAAUAGAUGGCUCACCCUAUUCGUUGUCGCACGUAGUUCAAAACCACAAAUAAAAAUUGAUAAAUUCGGUGUAGAAAACUGUGUUGGGAAAACAA